AUGUAUAAGAAAUGCAAGAAAGAGGGAGCCAAGAAGGAAGAGUAUACAGGAGUAGCCAAUAGUUGUUUCAAGGAGAAGUUUCGCCCCAGUCCUCCACCGACCAGAGCCUGUUGCACCUGGACCCUUGCAGCAUCUCCCCCCCCCCACACACACUCUGCACUUGAAAAAGCAAGCAUCUGGCUGUCUGGCUGUCUCUCACAUUCUCCAAGGAUGAAGAGAAUCAAGGGGACCUGGGAGUGCAACUUCAUUGGCGACUGCACUCACCUGAAAGGGGCUCUUGCAUUUGCACUCUUCAUAGGGAAUGUUGCCCUGGUGAUAUCACAAGAGAACCUUCAGGCAUCCAACAGCCUUGAGGAAGGCAGCGAUGUCACUGCCCACUGGUGGGGUGAAUGGACCAAGUGGACGGCUUGCACCCGGACGUGUGGGGGAGGAGUCAAAUCCCAAGAGAGGCAUUGCCUCCGGCAGAGAAAGAAGUCCAUGACGGGGCUCGCUAAUAAAACAUGCACUGGGACUUCAAAAAGAUACCAGCUAUGCAAAGUGCAACAGUGUCCCCCGAAUGGCAGGAGCUUCCGGGAGCAGCAGUGCACAUCCUUCAACUCCCACAUGUACAACGGGCAGACGUAUCAAUGGAAGCCAUUGUAUCCUGAUGACUAUGUCCACAUCUCCAGCAAGCCCUGUGAUCUCCACUGCACAACCAUCGAUGGUCAAAGGCAGCUCAUGGUCCUGGCUCGGGACGGGACGUCCUGUAAAUACUCCGAUUUCCGUGGGGUUUGCGUUUCUGGAAAAUGUGAGCCCAUUGGAUGUGAUGGGAUCCUGUUCUCGACCCACACAUUGGACAAAUGUGGUGUUUGUCAAGGAAAUGGGAGCAGCUGCACUCACGUCUCUGGGAGUUACAGAAAGGGAAAUUCACAUCUUGGCUAUUCUCUGGUCACACACAUCCCUGCCGGAGCAAGAGACAUCCAGAUCGUUGAACGGAAGAAAUCUGCUGAUGUUCUGGCUGUUGCGGAUGAAGCUGGCUACUACUUCUUCAAUGGGAACUACAGAGUGGACAGCCCUAAAAACUUCAACAUCGCAGGGACUGUUUUCAAGUACAGGAGGCCAAUGGACAUUUAUGAAACUGGCAUCGAAUACAUUGUGGCCCAAGGGCCAACCAACCAAGAUUUGAACAUCAUGGUCUGGAACCAAAACGGUAAAAACCCAUCUAUAACCUAUGAAUAUACCCUUCUGAGGAAGCCACAUUCAAAAAACAUCCAGCCCAUUUAUUACACCUUCUCUGAGUCAGACAGUGGAGAAAGCAGAGAGAUUGAUGCAGAAGAGCCUCUGGGUUUUGUUCAGCACAACGCAAGUUUCUUUGGAACCCUCUCCAAAGAGAAGAUCCAUCUGGAGAAUCAGGUGUUUGGAAGGAAGGACACCAUUGAAGACCUAGACUUGAGCAAAAUCCAAGAGACGAAUGAAGUCUAUGAAAGAACAGAGAGCAAUGACUGCGACCCAACUCUGAAGGGCAAACAGGCCAAAGAUUCAAAUGCAACCCAAUCCAAUUACAUGGUGGACGGAAUUGGGAGAGAUUUUGACUCCAGGCUUGCAUCCAAAGAAUUCCUUUCUGAAAAUGCUAUCACCCAUAAACUUUUGGAAAAGACAUCAGACUCAAAAGAAUCAGUCCAGAACAAGACGGCAAACAGCAUCUUUUCCCCAAGGGACCCCGUUAACUCUGUUGGUUCUCACAUGGACAGCCUUUAUGUUGAUUACGAUGACGGUGACGAUAUGAUCGCUUAUGCCUUCAACAGCAGCUUCCUGGAGCUGAGCAGUGACAAAAUCAUCAACACAUCUUCAGAGACUCAGUUUCCAAAUGCCACCAUCUUGGUUACUAGUCCUCAAGGGAACAGAACCCACAAAACAAGAAACCGAUUGAAGCUGUUCCGAAAGGGCCAGAAUAUGAGCCCAGCUGACAUGUACAGGUGGAAACUCUCCUCCCAUGAACCCUGCAGUUCUACCUGCACCACAGGUGUGAUGUCCACCUAUGCCAUGUGCAUCCGCUAUGAUGGAAUUGAAGUGGACGACAUGUACUGUGAUGCAAUGACCCGCCCUGAGCCAGUCCAUGAAUUCUGUGCAGGAAGGGAAUGCCAACCAAGGUGGGAGACAAGUAGCUGGAGUGAGUGCUCCAGGACCUGCGGUGAAGGCUACCAGUUCCGCAUUGUCCGAUGCUGGAAGAUGAUCUCACCUGGGUUCGACAGUUCCGUCUACAGUGACCUGUGUGAAUCUGCUGACAUCACCCGUCCAGAAGAGAGGAAGAUCUGCAAAAACCCAGCCUGCGGGCCACAGUGGGAGAUGUCUGAGUGGUCAGAGUGUACAGCCAAGUGCGGUGAGAGAAGCAUUGUCAGCAGAGACAUCCGGUGUUCAGAAGAGGAGAGGCUGUGUGAUGCUAGCACCAGGCCUCUGGCGGAGAAGAAUUGCAGUGGUGCCCCCUGUGACAGACAAUGGACCGUCUCUGACUGGGGACCGUGCAGUGGAGGCUGUGGACAGGGGCGGAUGAUCCGGCACGUCUACUGCAAAACCAGCGAUGGCCGUGUGGUGCCAGAAUCGCAGUGCAACUUGGAGACCAAACCACUGGCAAUCCACCCCUGUGGGGACAAGAACUGCCCUGCUCACUGGCUCACCCAGGACUGGGAAAGGUGCAAUACCACAUGUGGCCGGGGGGUCAAAAAGCGAAUUGUCCUUUGCCUGGAGAUUGUCAACGGGAAGCUCAAAACCCGCAACCCAACUGAAUGUGACGUCACCAAGAAGCCAGCUGAGGACACAACCUGCUUUGAACGGCCUUGUUUCAAGUGGUACACGACCCCUUGGUCAGAGUGUACAAAAACUUGUGGCAUUGGCGUGAGGAUGCGAGAUGUCAAGUGUUACCAGGGGAAGGAUCUCGUCCGGGGCUGUGACCCUCUCGUGAAGCCUGUUGGGAAACAGACAUGCGAUCUUCAGCCUUGUCCAACUGAACCACCAGAUGACAGCUGCCAGGACCAAGCGGGGACCAACUGUGCUCUGGCCAUCAAGGUGAACCUCUGCAGCCACUGGUAUUACAGCAAAGCUUGUUGCAGGUCCUGCCGAGCUCCCCAUUCCUAAGACAGGACCAAAGGGAUCCAGUGGUUCUCCAGAGCAUCCAGCGGGACACAGGAGCAGCCAGGUGCGAACUGGGACAGUUCCUGCCUGUCUGCCUACCCAUUAUGCCACAACAUGGAGAGUAAGGGAUGGAGGUCCUGUAAUCCAAGACACCUCCUUCACCUCCCUCCUCCCUCCUGGGUUCCGGAAAUGGAGGGACGCAUUGUUACAUUUGCUACUACUGUAGAUCAGAACCCCCCCCCCCACUCCAUGAGGAAAGUCGUGUUUU